AUGUGGGCCAUUCUGGGGCGCGCGGCGACUUUAACGGACCUCGACGGACCCGCGAUCGAGCCGCCAGCGGGGACCACGCCCAACUUCGACGUUCAGGACCGCCAUCAUGCUGUCGGAUACUUUGUGGUCAUCUUUUGCAGCAUUCUUGCGACCCUAGCCGUCCUACUACGCCUGGCUUCAAGGUAUCACAUGGGAAGAUUCCACAUUGAAGAUGUGUUCCUCGUCAUGGGUUUGGGAGUGUAUGCUGGAUACAUGUACCCGCUCUACGAGUGUUCAAUAUGGCCGGGCAUCAAUGUCCACGAGUGGGACGUGAAGCUGAGGGACCUUGAACGUAUCUUGUGGCUCAUACAUCUAGCAUCGAUCAACUAUGGCGUCUCCAUUAUGUUUGUCAAGCUCGCCAUCCUACUCGAUUGGUUACGCAUUUUCGUGCCCAGGGGUCAGAAGAACAAGAUGUACUGGACUUUUCAAUUCUUGAUCUGGGGUAAUGUCAUUUAUUACGUCUCUGGAACCUUUCUCGAAAUAUUCCGGUGCUGGCCCCGACAAAAGAUUUGGGAUCCAUUGUUUGUGGGGGGCAGCUGCCCGAUCGACAUCGCGGCCAACAACUUCGCAUCCACCCUCAUUAACCUGGCCUCUGACAUUGCUAUCCUCUUACUACCUCAGUGGGUUAUAUGGAAAUUGCAUAUGUCAAAGGCUAAGAGGAUGGGUAUAUCACUGCUGUUUGUUAUUGGUAUCUUUGCCACUGCCGCCGGUUUAGCUCGCUUGGUCUAUCUUUUGCAGCUGCUCUACUCUGACGAUGAGUACUUCUGGAUAGCAAACGUCGGUCUUUGGGGCGCCGGCGAGAUCGCGGCUGGAUUCCUCAUCGUAGGUGUUCCCGGUAUCCCCAAGGUCGUCCAGGGCAUCCAGGCCUCGGAUUCCUUUACGAAUCUUCUCAGCAAGCUCGGAAUCUCCACCGUGCAAAUGCAGUCAGAUCCCACCAGUGGCCGGCCCAGUAUCAAGAAUUUUGGCAGGAGUACGACGCCGCGGAAGCGACGUGGGCUUUGGGACAUCAGCGAUGCGGAUACGUUUGGCUUGGUCUCGGUACAGGCGACACCCGGCGACCCAGCGGCCCACAAGGCAGACCACCCACCCAAUGCCAUCAUCAGGGAGACUCGAUGGGAUGUGGACGUGGAAAGGGAGCAGGGGCCUUAUGAGCGCACGUGA